CUAAUUGGAUUUGAAGAGUGACUGCUAGUUAUUACAGGAACUUAAUGAAUUCACUGAAGCUGUUCCGUAAAUAUAAUUAAAUGGCUCAUAUUUGUCAAAAGUCGCGAGAACGACUAAAAAUAGACCAUUUAAUUCAUUGGCAUGUUUGGCAUAACAACUUUAAAGAACUGGAUGAGGAAUUGACAAAGAAUGAGUAUGAUAUAGGAAAGAGAGAUCCCAGGGGUCGAACACCUCUUAUGCUAGCUGUUACUUUGGGUCACCUGGAGUCUACAAGAGUUCUGUUGAGACACAAUGCUGACAUAAGUGUGGAGGAUAAGGAUGGUUUCACAGUUAUACAUGAAGCAGUGAGUACGGGAUACCCAGAGCUGGUCCAGGAGAUCCUAGGGCAUCGAGACUUUCAGCGGUAUAACAGCAGAGUAGGGGGAAUCCCUCAACUUCUCAAACAGAUACAGGAUGUGAGGUCCAAUGUUAGAAUAGACACCAGUUUGUUGGGGUUUGACCAUUCCAAUUGGCAGAGAGGGAGCAGAAGCUACAUAUUUAAAGGCCACAAUGAUGGUGCAGUAAUGAUGGAAGUCGACCACGAGGUGGGCCAGGUCUAUGUUGAACAGAUGGGGGUAGUACCUCCACAUGUAGCAGACUUUUCUAGCACUCUCCGUUCACCUACUGAAGCAGUGUCCACCCGACUAACCACCCCUAUCAUUACAACUUGUAUCAACAUUGACAAAAUAAGCUUUGAAAGGAGUAAAUCUGGGAUCUGGGGCUGGAGAAGUAAUAAAACAGAAAUGAUUAAUGGUUACGAAUGUAAGGUUUUUGGAGCCAAUAACGUUGAGCUGGUAACAAGGACUCGUACAGAACACUUAUCUGAUGCUGACAAAGCUCGCCAUAAAUCUGCUCGAUCUCCAUUCCAAUCCUUUUUAGGCAUUGUUGAGUCUGAAAAUAAGGGAGUGCCAGUGGCUAUGAAUGGAGACACAUCAGAAUACAGGAGUAAUCCCUGCCACAUAACACCAGAAGAAUAUUUUGACUCCAGUGUAGAUCUUGGAAGACGGGAUAUUGGACAGCCACGAGAGGUCUCCAGUAAAGUUCAGAAAUUUAAGGCUAAUCUUUGGUUGUGUGAAAAUUAUCCCCUGUCUCUUCAAGAGCAGAUCUUACCUAUUGUGGAUCUGAUGGCAAUAAGUAGCUCGCAUUUUGCCAAACUGAGGGAUUUUAUCACCUUACAGCUUCCUUCUGGCUUUCCUGUGAAAAUAGAAAUUCCCAUAUUCCAUGUUUUGAAUGCCCGGAUCACCUUUGAGAACAUUUAUUCACUGGAUGAGCCAGUAUCUGGUGUUACACCGAUCAGAGAUGAUAAUACCUGUGCCUGUGUUGUCGAUAAAAAUUGUUUUGAGCCUCCCACUGGUUAUGUCAGACUAGGGAGUGAUGAAGAAUUCCGACACCUCAGCAUCGAGAGCGAUGAUGAUCUUCUUCAGCUUGCUAUUCAACAGUCGCUAAUAGAAGCGGGCAGUGAAGAGGAACAGGUGACCAUAUGGGAGGCACUAAGAGCCCAUCGACCUUUGUCCGAAGACAGAGAUUUACAGAGAGCCAUACAGGAUAGUAUGAACGACUAUCAGAACUGCAAUAAUUUUGCUCUUGUGUCCAACUUUGAACACAGCUGUGCCCUCCAGCGGUCCACUGAUCCUUCUGAGGAUCCUCAACUGACUCUAGCACUUCAACUUUCUCACCAAGCUGCACUGGAGGAACAGAACAUAAGGAAGGAAGAAGAAGAACAUAUAGCAAGAGCUAUACAACUGUCCUUGUCAGAGAAGUAACUGGUUUUUUAAGUGACUGUUUUAACUUUUUCAUACAAAGUUUUAAACCAUAAAUAAAUGUGGUGCUUAUCAUUGUUAUAAUGUUAAUCAAGACAGGUUAUUUCCUUGAGCGUGAUUGAAUAAAGUCUUCCGGCGAUAAACAAGAAAACAGUUCUGAAGAUAAAUCCAGUAGUGGAACUAUUAAUUAAUUGGGAAAAAAUCAUCAGGGAUUUUAAUUAUUUGGCAAUCAUUUGUUAUUUAUUUCUUUGUUGUUCCUACUCUUUUUCAUUAGUGUAUGAAUAUCGAGUACUUCUGAUUUCCAUACUAACCCACACAAUUUAUUGUGACUAGCCUGAUGGCUAGGAACUCAAACCUCUUGGAAAGUGAAAACAAUAUAGUGUGGUUACAACACUGUAAAACUUCUGUUUAUUUUAGUUACAAAGUACAAAAGCAAUAAUUUUGUAUUUUAUGGUAGAGUGCCGAUUGAGAAGUAUGAA